GGGGGGCGGGGCUUCGUUCUCUGCGCGUCACCACACGACGCAGGGAGACGGAGAGAGAGGCGCUUAGCCAUGGCCGCUCUCACUUGCCAGCGUCGUAGCAGCAGCAGCAGCAGCAACAACAGCAACUGUGAUCGUCGUCGUCCUCCUUCUGCUCCUCCUCUGCGUCUCCUCGCGCCACUCGUGCUCCUCGGCCUUGCUCUGCGCACCGGCGAGGCGCGCAAGCACCACCUCAGCCUGCGGGAAGACACCAGGAGUCAGGUGCAGUUGAGUACGUUCGGCUACGAGAAGGGAGGGACUCUGUCUGUGCGGCUCACGCUGCUGAAGCUGGGCAACCCCAAGCCGGCGGAGAAGUCGGUGGGGUUCAGCCUCUACAAGGCCAAGAACGACGGUCUGUCCUCCUAUCUGGAGACGGAUGUGGAGAGGUGCAUGCUGCGGGAACAGACGCACGACCCCGUCACCCUCUUCACGUUCGACUUUGCGCGCAGCAGCGUCGUCAUCAAACUCCCGAGCAACCAGACGCUGGGCGACGCGCUGCGCGUCUUCGGCAACGAGAGCGAGUACAACCGGACGAGGCCGUCGGCCGCCGCCGUGAAGGUCGCGAGCCACGGCAAACCGGGCGACGGUGCUGCGGGGGCAGCGGCUGACACGGCUGCUGAUGGCACGAAGGAGGGUGGCGACGCCUCCGGUACGGAGAAGGAUGUGUCUAAAGAGGGCGACCAGACGGUCGCCAAAGUGCCUUCCGACCCCAAGGGCACCUCUCACGUUUCCAAACGGGACGCCGACAAAGGUGGCAAGGACGCGGCGGAAGAUCCCGGUGCCGGCGCCGCCGCCGCCAAGGAGGCUCCCAAGGAUGCUCCCAAGGACGAUAAGAAGGAGGAGGAGAAAAAAGACUCUCAACCGGCUGUGCCCGGCAACCCCGCGGUGCAGCUGCUGCCACUCCGGUUCAACAAAACCGACGGGACCUACGCCAUGGAGUUCGUCGUGGAGAUGGCGGGCGCCAGCGCGGCCGGCCUCUACACGUUCUUCUUCCACAACUGCGACAACGGCAAGCGCGAUGCGCGCUUCGCCCCCUUCACCAUGGAGAUCGAAAUGGUGGAGUUCAACCUGGACAGCUACCUCUCUGUCGGAGAAAUCCCGCUGCCUCGCCUCUACGUCGGCAUGGCGGUCAUCUUCUUCAUCUCCGGCGUCGUCUGGGUGUCCGUCCUACGGCGCCACAGGGCCAACGUGUUCAAGAUCCACUGGCUGAUGACAACGCUCGUCUUUACAAAAGCCCUGUCGCUCCUCUUCCACGCAAUCGACUACCACUUCAUCUCCACCCAAGGACGUCCCAUCGAGGGCUGGGCCGUGGUCUACUACAUCACGCACUUGCUCAAGGGGGCCCUGCUGUUCAUCACGAUCGUGCUGGUGGGCACUGGCUGGACCUUUAUCAAGCACAUCCUCUCUGACAAGGACAAGAAGCUCUUCAUGGUCGUCAUUCCUCUGCAGGUGCUCGCAAACGUGGCGUACAUCGUGCUGGAGUCGUCGGAGCAGGGCUCCAGCGACUACGGGCUGUGGAAGGAGCUGCUGUUCCUCGUUGAUCUGCUCUGCUGCGGGGCCAUCCUCUUCCCCGUCAUCUGGUCCAUCCGACACCUGCAGGAGUCCUCCAACACCGACGGGAAGGCGGCCAUAAGUCUUGAAAAACUGAAACUCUUCCGGCAUUAUUACGUUCUGAUCAUCUGCUACAUUUAUUUCACGCGCAUCAUCGCCAUCAUGGUCAAGAUCACCAUCCCAUUCCAGUGGCAGUGGCUCUACCAGCUGAUGGAGGAGGCCGCCACGCUGGUGUUCUUCGUGGUGACCGGGUACCGGUUCCGCCCGGCAUCGGACAACCCCUACCUCCGCCUGCCCACGGACGAGGACUCUGACAGUGAUGAAGUGCUGACGGAGACGGGCGCCGGCCACAACCUCACACGAGUGAACAAAGGCCAUUCCGAAACGGGCGAGCAGCAGCGAGGAAGGAGGCCCAUGGCGUGAUUGUCGGGGGGGUGGGGGGGGUGGGGUGGGUGGGGGGCUGGGGGGUGGGGGGGGAUACGUCGUCACGGAGCGCCGUGGACCUUUACAGGAGUAUUGUAGCGUCAGCGAUAUCAUCAUGACCGUCAUCAUUAUCAUCAUGACCGUCAUUGCCAUCACCGCCACCAUCAUCAUCACCACCACCACCACCACCCCGCCAUCAUCGUGGUUUUACAAUUUUUACCCACCUCUUUCGUUCCUUUCAGCCCUUUGUCUCGCCAUCCAUGCCACGGUUUUGGCUUUGCCGUUCUCAGUAUGAGGUGGUGCAGCGGUGGUGUGGCGGUGGUGCUGCGGCGGUAGAGGGGUGGGCCGUGAUGUGAAUCCCACGUUCACGGAAUCCUCUACGCCAAGCGGCACGCUGCUUUUUAGACGGCGAAGGUAAAUGGACCCUGCGGGGAGGAGUCUGGGCGGAAAAACCGGCAAGCGUCCCCUCGUGUCGCCGACGUACCGCCGACGACGACGGUAGCCCGUCGCUCGCGCGCCGCCGUGCGCUCCGCGCCCUCCUGUGCUUCCCGUCACCGCCGCUACUCAUCGCCCCGCCCCCCCCCAGCCCCACCUCCAGAUCCCCUUUCCCUAUCGCCCAGACGCGGCCGCUUCAGGAACGCGUCGGCGGGUGAUGUAAGAGCGCAGCAGCGGCUGUCGUCGCCGUCGCCGCGGCCUCUGACGCGCAGUGUCCCCUCGUUAUCCGCGACGAGGGAUAAGUUCCGGAGAUGCUCGCGCAGAGCAAAUGUCGCGAUUAACGGCAUUGGCCUACGAAUACCUAUCUUUGUUAUGAAUUAGCGUCCGAGAAGUUCUCUCUCCCUCUAUCGCACUCAUCACUUUAUCUCUCAACAUUCACACUCAUCACAUUCACUCUCAUCACAUUCACUCCCAUCACUUCCAUUGCUCUCUCGAUGCAGUAGUCGUGCAGAGUUCCCGAGGCGAUUGGGGGAUAGCCAACUUCGCGGAUCGCCGAAGGUCGUGAAUAACGAGGGAAUGCCGUGCGGCGAGAGAGUACCGCUCCCUGGCCCCUCCGUGGAAAAAAAUUACUGGCCUGGUGUUGGUCAGCUUUGAGGUCAGAGGACUGCGUGACAUACGCAUUCAAUCGGUCUGAUCACGUGGUCACGCACAAAGGGUGGGGGGUGAGGAGUGGUGGUGGUGGGGAGGGGGGGCUUUGGUAUACGAGGUCCGGAUCAUUUUGCGGUGGGGUGUGUAGUCGAGUUCAUAGUGACCUGCGUUGGCAUGGAUGGUCAACUGCUAGGGAAGGGGAAAGUGGUUGCCUACCCCUUCGGACUACAAGUGUAUAGUGUGCUGUACAAAAUAUUUGUGAAUGUAAUUAUAGUAUUAUAAUGAAAAAGAAUAAAAUAAGUAUAGAUAACCGUCAGAUGGUUUCUUUAUUAUAUACGUAAAAAAACAUACUCGUGUGAUUAUUUUAAAUUUUGCUUUGAAAUUGGUUCUGGGUCGGACAAAAAAAAAUCUCCCGUCGGAGCUGUCAGAGGCGAGAGUUCGUCCGCACGCAGACGACACAGGCGCGGGUGGUGGAUGCUUUCAUCCAGCAGUGGAUCCACAGAUUAUAAAUUAUUAUUAACUGCGUUUACUUACAUUACAUAUUUACACACACCGAGCACGGCAACGGUGUAGUCAAUUCGUCAGUAUCAAUCCUCAAGUUCAAUAUCGAUCAAGCCCUCUUCACUGCGUCCGUGUUAUAAUCAUUUAUUUAACAAGUUGUAUACGGGUUCGUUACUUACAGUUUACUCAAACUUUGUGGGGUUAAUCUUUAGCAAAUAAAAAGACAAGAACUUAACUCAAACAAGAUGGAGAAAGUAGUGGAGACCAAGCCAUUUCGAGUUGAAUGAUAGCCUCCCUCCCUCCAGAUCAUCGUGACAAAUCGCAUCUCCGCUAAAUAUUCCAACCGUUGUGUACAUCGUCUUGAGAUGCAGUCGCGUGUAGACCGCUAUGGAAAUCCACGUUGGAUUGUACAGACUCGCGGAGACAGCGUUGACUCGCCGCCACUGUUAAAUAAAUAAAUACACACCGAUCUCUCUGUACAACUGCUUGAGUUGCGACCCCACUUGUACACGGUAUAAUUCCGCGCGUUAUUGUACCGCGGUGGGGCCUGUGAAUCGUUUCGUGCCUCAUGUUCACUCGCUCACUGCGGUGUUGCUGUGCAUGCGACGUAGGCAGAUGCAACUUGUUAUUUGUAAGGACGGAGCCCUCUGUCUUUACAUUGCUUCGGACAAACAUUGAAUGCGUGUUGUCACAUCCCGCGCGCCGUGGCUACCGGCCAUGGAGCUCCUUACCGGUGACGUACGUUGAACUUUCGCUUUGUACGUGGCCAACCGUGCUAAUCGGAGGUCUAGGUGCGGGGAAGGGAGGGACAAACUAAACACAAAAAGGUUACCGGCAUCGCAAACCGACCGGUAGAAUGCGGUCCCGCGCCCGCCCAUGUCGCCCCUCUCUUCAUCUCCCGUGUGUCGCCCGCUCCGCCGGGAGGCCCCGACAUUGGCCUAGCUUCUACCCCCCGAUGGAACAACGCCUGCGUACGAGACAGGAAUGUUUCUGUCGCAUACGUGCGAGGGUACCCCGCCCUCCCACUUUGCUGCGCGCGAUUCGCCGUUACGGACGUCGCGGUGCGAACACCCAAAGAGGAGGAGCAAAUUCAAUUUGAUGCGAACGUUGAGGGAAGGUUUUCACAGACGCCGCUGGAGGGUUGUGACGAUCCGCUGCCCUCCCCCCCCCCCCCCCCCCCCCCCAUCGAGGUCCCGUGCGCUCCGGAUAUCGUCGCGGGGACCUAAUCCCAGAACCCUCGGAUCCGGUUCACUCCGCUCUGUAAACCUUUGGAUGGGAAUCCGCAGCGAUUGAUGGUUGCAGUUUCUCUCUCCCUUGUACGAAAAAAUCGGCGAUUGGCCGUCGAGUGCAAUCGCCGCCGUUUUAAGGACGCGCAAAUUGUACAGAACGUUCACCGUUAUCCACUGUCCGGGAGGGCUCCUACAAAUGUGAUCCGCUUGUCCGUUGUUGCUGAUGGGGGAGUCGAGUUUAUUCGUUUUAAGUCUUCGAAACGGCUCGCAAAUCUGCGUCAAAUUUCGCAAAGCGCGCAUGUCGACCUUGCUGCAGACGCCCCAUGGCUUGAGCAAGACGGCGCGGAUAUAUUACGGCAAUCGGCGGCGGUGUUUAAAUCCGCUUCCUAAUUGAAAAAUGUAACUUGCUACGGUUUUUCAUCAUGGUGUAAAUGACCAUCGUCAAUUUUGCUUUAAUCGUUCGACAUGUGUUUCCGUUGUGAAUUCCAUAAGCAUAACUAAAGGUACCCCUUUAGGCCACAGUAUAUAUUUUGGGCCAAAGCUUUGAUGUGUACAGGUGUAAAAAAAAAAAGUUAACGGUGUCGUUUGCAGUUUACAAACGCAUCGCGAUGACCCGCCACGCGUGCGCCCUGGCGUGCGGGACAUCCCACACGUGUACAGGACGUGUCCCGGUGUGCGGAACACGUCCUGUACAUGCGUGAGGGACGUGUCCCGGCGUGCGGGACAUCCCGGACGUGUCGGCGGCGGCGUGUGACUGGUCACGUGCAACUCGGCCUCUCUCCCCCCCUCCCCCGUCUUUCCUCCUGUCUCUCUGCCGAUGCUUGUGCAUGAAUAAAGUAACCCUGCAUUUGGGUGCGUGCCCCUUUCUCUACGGCCGUGUCA